CUCAUUUUUUCCACAAGGCAAAUAACCAUCUUGUAUUUCAUUUUCAAUCUCCCAAACUUCUACUCAAAUUACCUUCAAUUCAAUCCAAUGGCUUCAUUCCAAACCUUCAACUUUGAAACUCAAAUUCCACAUGAGCUUCUCAUAUCUCAAAUCAUGCAAAUUCAUGCAACAAUUUCUAAGCUAGAAUCUCUUAGGCCAUCAAAACAAGUCAACACCCUUUUCACUCACUUAGUCAAACUUUGUAUUCCCCCUUCAUCCAUUGACAUUGAAACCCUACCUCAAGAGGUUAAGACAAUGCGUGAGAGCCUCAUCAAACUUUGUGGCAAAGCUGAAGGAUUCUUAGAGCUUGAAUUCUCAACUUUCAUUAACCUCACACCAAACCCAAUGAAAAAUUUAACACUUUUUCCUUACUAUGGAAACUAUGUUAAACUAGCAAACUAUGAGAACAAAAUCCUCAAAGAAAAUGGUGUUGUGAAUCCAAAUAAAGUAGCCUUUAUUGGAUCUGGUCCAAUGCCACUAAGUUCAAUUAUAUUGGCAACUCAUCACAUGGAAUCAACUCAAUUUGAUAAUUUUGAUAUUGAUGAGAAGGCUAAUGAAGUUGCUAGCAAGAUUGUGGCCUCGGAUAAAGCACUUGAAAAGAGGAUGAAGUUUGUGACACAAAAUAUUAUGGAAGUGAAAGAGAAAUUAGGGCAAUAUGAUUGCAUUUUCUUGGCUGCACUUGUUGGUAUGAGUAGAGGUGAAAAAAUGAAGGUUUUGGGUCAUAUAAGAAAAUAUAUGAAACAAGGUGGUAUUUUGCUUGUAAGAAGUGCAAAAGGGAGUAGAGCUUUUUUGUAUCCAAUUGUUGAUGAGAAUGAUGUGAUGGAUUUUGAGGUGCUUACUAUUUUUCAUCCAACGGAUGAUGUGAUCAACUCGGUUGUUCUUCUUCAAAAGCCUAAAGCUUGAUUGGCCCCAAUUACUAAGGAAGUUGAAUGUUUACUAUGUAGUUUCUAUUUAAGUGUGUUUUGUUAUGUACUAUAUGUAGUUUGCCUCAUUUGUCUUGCUUGCUAUUGAAAGUUAUGUAUUGUACUUCAUAAUAUGAUAAUAAAUGUGUUUUUCGUAUUAUUA